CCCAGCCCGCUGGGCUGAGGCCCGCUCGCUCGGAGAGAUUGGGAUCACCCGUUCUCCCCGGGCGUUCGUGGGCUCACGGACUCCACAAACCGCCCCCAGGCUCGUCAGCGCCACAGCAACAUCCUCAGUGAGCCAACUGCGCCCAGGCGGGCAAGGAGCCUCCCACCGCCCGCCACCUGCGGGCCCGGAGAAGACCUAGCCCAGUGACAGCUCCUCGCCGCCCUACUCCAACCACCAUGGCCAAGAACCGCAGAGACAGAAACAGUUGGGGUGGAUUUUCAGAAAAGACAAAUGAAUGGAGCUCAGAAGAGGAGGAACCAGUAAAAAAGGCAAGGCCUGUUCAGGUCCUUAUUGUCAAAGAUGACCAUUCCUUUGAGUUGGAUGAAAGUGCACUGAAUCGGAUCCUUCUCUCUGAGGCUGUCAGGGACAAGGAGGUAGUUGCCGUAUCUGUCGCUGGAGCCUUUAGAAAAGGGAAGUCAUUCCUGAUGGACUUCAUGUUGCGUUACAUGUACAACCAGGAAUCAGUUGAUUGGGUUGGGGAUUACAAUGAACCAUUGACUGGAUUUUCAUGGAGAGGUGGAUCUGAACGAGAAACUACAGGAAUCCAGAUAUGGAGCGAAAUCUUCCUUAUCAAUAAGCUUGAUGGUAAAAAGGUUGCAGUGUUAUUGAUGGAUACUCAGGGAACCUUUGAUAGUCAAUCAACUUUGAGAGAUUCGGCUACAGUAUUUGCCCUUAGCACAAUGAUCAGCUCAAUACAGGUAUAUAACUUAUCCCAAAAUGUCCAGGAGGAUGAUCUUCAGCACCUCCAGCUUUUCACCGAAUAUGGCAGGCUGGCAAUGGAAGAAACAUUUCUGAAGCCAUUUCAGAGUCUGAUAUUUCUGGUUCGAGACUGGAGUUUUCCAUACGAAUUUUCAUAUGGAGCUGAUGGUGGUGCCAAAUUCUUGGAAAAACGCCUUAAGGUCUCAGGGAACCAGCAUGAAGAACUGCAGAAUGUGAGGAAGCACAUCCAUUCCUGCUUCACCAACAUUUCCUGUUUUCUGCUACCUCAUCCUGGCUUAAAAGUAGCUACCAACCCAAACUUUGAUGGAAAAUUAAAAGAAAUAGAUGAUGAAUUCAUCAAAAACUUGAAAAUACUGAUUCCUUGGCUGCUUAGUCCUGAGAGCCUAGAUAUUAAAGAGAUCAAUGGGAAUAAAAUCACCUGCCGAGGUCUGGUGGAGUACUUCAAGGCCUAUAUAAAGAUCUACCAAGGUGAAGAAUUACCACAUCCUAAAUCAAUGUUACAGGCCACAGCAGAAGCUAACAAUUUAGCAGCAGUUGCAACCGCCAAGGACACAUAUAACAAAAAGAUGGAGGAGAUUUGUGGUGGUGACAAACCAUUUCUGGCCCCUACUGACCUGCAGACUAAGCACCAGCAGCUUAAAGAAGAAUCUGUGAAGCUGUUCCGAGGGGUGAAGAAGAUGGGUGGAGAAGAAUUUAGCCGCCGUUACCUGCAGCAGCUGGAGAGUGAAAUAGAUGAACUUUACAUCCAGUAUAUUAAGCACAAUGAUAGCAAAAAUAUCUUCCACGCAGCUCGCACCCCAGCCACACUGUUUGUUGUGAUCUUUAUCACAUAUGUGGUUGCUGGCGUGACUGGCUUCAUUGGUUUGGACAUCAUAGCUAGCCUGUGUAAUAUGAUCAUGGGACUGACCCUGAUCACCUUGUGCACUUGGGCAUACAUCCGGUACUCUGGAGAGUACCGAGAGCUGGGCGCUGUGAUAGAUCAGGUGGCUGCCGCUUUGUGGGACCAGGGAAGUACAAAUGAGGCUUUGUACAAGCUUUACAGUGCAGCAGCAACCCACAGACAUCUGUAUCAUCAAGCUUUUCCCACACCAAAGUCAGAACCUACUGAACAAUCAGAAAAGAAGAAAACUUAAUCCAAAUUUUUAAAAAUACAGGUGCAUGAUCAUUUGUCUGUUACAUAUGCAUUUUAUGUUUCCAUUCAAACAUUCAAAGUGCUUCCAACAUAACAGAGAAAAAAAUACCAAACACCUCUGAAGACUGCAGAAUGGUUCAGCUCUGUUACUUCAGUGUCCAAUAAGCAGAUGUUUGUGUGCAUGGUUAUAUCUUUGUACAGUUUUCCUGACUUUUGUCUUUAAAUAUACUGUUAUAAGUUAAGGUAUUUGUAUAUUUAUGAUGACAAUUCAUGUGAUCUGCUUGAAUUUACUAAAUUCUACUGGGUUAAAAUUAAACCAUGCAGUGAUAAAACUCCAUGUUUGGAUAUGCUCACUUUAAUAGCUACAGAAAAAAUUUAAAUUAUUUCACAUAGCUAUUUCUUAAAGCACAGCAUCAACUCAGCAGGCUUGAUUUAAUCAAUAUAAUCUUACACAUAACAUGAGCUCUUAUUUGUAAAUACAUUUAAGGGCUUUUCUGUUGCUUUACCAAAAACUCUAUAUUGUUUCUUUUAUAUUAUAGCUUAAUAUAGAAUGUAAACUUCUUGAUAAACCUCUUGUAUACUAUUUGAGUUCCACUGCAUUGUAUAUUUUUUCAUUACGUACACAAGAAAUGUAUUCUUCAUAGUUUAUUCUUUUAACAUGUUAACUAUUAAAAUUUACUCUGGUUCCUAA